GGCGUCCGAGCUACGCCACACAGGGCCGGGGUGUUGGGUGCUGGAGAUCAGAGCGGGGUCGUGGCGGCGGCGGUGAGGACAGAGCGGCGGAGGGGGGGGGUGCUAUGGCGGGACAGCAGUUCCAGUACGAUGACAGCGGGAACACCUUCUUCUAUUUCCUCACCUCAUUCGUGGGGCUCAUCGUGAUCCCGGCCACAUACUACCUCUGGCCCCGCGACCAGAACGCCGAGCAAAUUCGAUUAAAGAAUAUCAGAAAAGUAUAUGGAAGAUGUAUGUGGUAUCGUUUACGGUUAUUAAAACCCCAGCCAAAUAUUAUUCCUACUGUAAAGAAAAUAGUUCUGCUUGCAGGAUGGGCAUUGUUCUUAUUCCUUGUAUACAAAGUUUCCAAAACAGACCGAGAAUAUCAAGAAUACAAUCCUUAUGAAGUAUUAAAUUUGGAUCCUGGGGCAACGGUAGCAGAAAUUAAGAAACAGUAUCGUUUGCUGUCACUUAAAUAUCAUCCAGAUAAAGGAGGUGAUGAAGUUAUGUUCAUGAGGAUAGCAAAAGCUUAUGCAGCUUUAACUGAUGAAGAGUCCCGGAAGAACUGGGAAGAGUUUGGAAAUCCAGAUGGCCCUCAAGCCACAAGCUUUGGAAUUGCCCUGCCAGCUUGGAUAGUUGACCAGAAAAACUCAAUUUUGGUUUUACUUGUAUAUGGAUUGGCAUUCAUGGUUAUCCUUCCAGUUGUUGUGGGCUCUUGGUGGUAUCGCUCAAUACGCUAUAGUGGAGACCAGAUUCUAAUACGCACAACACAGAUUUAUACAUACUUUGUUUAUAAAACCCGAAAUAUGGAUAUGAAACGUCUUAUCAUGGUUUUGGCUGGAGCCUCUGAAUUUGAUCCUCAGUAUAACAAAGAUGCCACAAGCAGACCAACAGAUAAUAUUCUAAUACCUCAGCUAAUCAGAGAAAUUGGCAGCAUUAAUUUAAAGAAGAAUGAGCCUCCACUUACCUGCCCAUAUAGCCUGAAAGCCAGAGUUCUUUUACUGUCUCAUCUUGCUAGAAUGAAAAUUCCUGAGACCCUUGAAGAAGAUCAGCAGUUUAUGUUGAAAAAAUGCCCUGCCCUACUUCAAGAAAUGGUUAAUGUAAUCUGCCAACUAAUAAUAAUGGCCCGAAGCCGUGAAGAAAGGGAGUUUCGUGCUCCAACUUUGGCAUCCCUAGAAAACUGCAUGAAGCUUUCCCAGAUGGCUGUGCAAGGCCUUCAGCAGUUUAAGUCUCCCCUUCUGCAGCUGCCUCACAUUGAAGAGGACAAUCUUAGAAGGGUUUCUAAUCAUAAAAAGUACAAAAUUAAGACUAUCCAGGAUUUGGUGAGUUUAAAAGAAUCAGAUCGUCACAAUCUACUGCACUUCCUUGAAGAUGAAAAAUAUGAGGAGGUUAUGGCUGUCCUUGGGAGUUUCCCAUAUGUGACUAUGGACAUAAAAUCACAGGUAUUGGAUGAUGAAGAUAGCAACAACAUCACAGUAGGAUCCCUAGUUACAGUGUUGGUUAAAUUGACAAGGCAAACAAUGGCAGAAGUAUUUGAAAAGGAACAGUCCAUCUGUGCUGCAGAGGAACAGCCGGCAGAAGAUGGGCAGGGUGAUACUAACAAGAAUAGGACAAAAGGAGGAUGGCAACAGAAGAGUAAAGGACCUAAGAAAGCUGCUAAAUCGAAAAAAAAGAAACCUUUAAAAAAAAAACCUACACCUGUGCCCUUACCACAAUCAAAGCAACAGAAACAAAAGCAGGCAAAUGGAGUUGUUGGGAGUGAAGCUGCAGUAAAGGAAGAUGAAGAAGAAGUUUCUGACAAAGGCAGUGAUUCUGAAGAAGAAGAAACGAAUAGAGAAUCCCAGAGUGAAAAAGAUGAUGGUAGUGACAGAGACUCUGAUAGAGAGCAAGAUGAAAAACAAAACAAAGAUGACGAAGCAGAGUGGCAAGAAUUACAACAAAGUAUACAGCGAAAGGAGAGAGCUCUACUGGAAACCAAAUCAAAGAUAACACAUCCUGUUUAUAGUCUUUACUUUCCCGAGGAGAAACAAGAAUGGUGGUGGCUUUAUAUUGCAGAUAGGAAGGAACAGACGUUAAUAUCUAUGCCAUAUCAUGUGUGUACGCUAAAAGAUACAGAAGAGGUAGAACUGAAGUUUCCUGCACCAGGCAAGCCUGGAAAUUAUCAGUAUACAGUGUUUCUGAGAUCAGACUCCUAUAUGGGUUUGGAUCAGAUUAAACCCCUGAAGUUGGAAGUUCACGAGGCUAAGCCUGUACCGGAAAAUCACCCACAGUGGGAUACAGCAAUAGAGGGGGAUGAAGACCAGGAAGACAGCGAGGGCUUUGAAGAUAGCUUUGAGGAAGAGGAAGAAGAGGAGGAAGAUGAUGACUAAGCAGUACUAUGACUGGACCACAAUAUUUGCACAUACUUGCAAAUUUUUGCUGUUUCAGAAGUGUAUAAUAAACCAGAAACAGUGCAGAACUGCUGUUGAGGGAGGUAUUAGUUCUUUACUCGAAAUGGGUGCAUAAUACAACUGGGCAGUGGUGGUGCCUUGGUGCAGUCCGAAAUGCUUAAGGCUUGUUAGAGCCUUUCACGUAUGAAUGGGAUGGUGCAUUUAUUUCAUCUGCAAACGAUAAUAAACCCUUUGUUAUAACUGUCCAGAAGUGUGGGCUAUGUAUUAUCUGAUCAUUUUAUGGUCCCAGUAAAAGUAAAGGUACAUGAAAACCAAUCUAUAAGUGAGCAACUUUUCUUUGUUUAGCUUUAGUUUGUAGCAAACAUUAGAGGAUGAUAAACACCACACAUACGUUUUAAGUAACAUCUGCUCAAGUUUUAAUCUUUUGAUAAGCUCUAUCAUUCAUUUUAUUGACAUUUUGCAGUGAUACAAGACUAUUUAUAACAGCUCUAUUCAUAGCUUUAAACUUUUUAUUUUUAUCUAUCUUGGUCAUAAGUUGGCAUUCUGUCACAUUCCACAUAAUACGGAGGGCUACAUUUGGGGAUUUUCCUUUUCUUAAUUGCCCAGAGUUAUUAGGUUAUAAAAAUGGCUUUUAAUGGCUUAAAACAUUUUUAAGCCUCUAUUUUAGCAGAUCAGUGCAGGAUCUAAUUCUUUUUAUAACUAUAGGUCUAAAAAUGAGUGUGGGACCAUAUGUUCUCUGAUGUUGGUGACUCAUGUUAUUAAGCCUUUUUUAAAAGGUUCACUAUAAAAGCUAAAAUACAUUCUUAGCUUUUAAUCUACCUGACUCAGAAGCCUUUUAAGGAAAAAAAUAGAUAACAUGCAGUGGAGGCAUUUUUUUGUAUUCAUUUUGGACUCCUGUCAAUAAAAUAGAAGUUUGACUCAUUUUACAUUUGUAACGGUGUGUCUUUUUACUCCCAGAGAAAGCAUAUAAUAGGAUAAUUCAUUCUUUUAUUUUUCAACUAAAGUAUAAUAAUGUCCAUUACUGCUCAAGUGGCCACUGUGUCUGUAUGGCAUAGAAAACCGUAUGAGUGGGAGGAGUUUCCCCCUCACACGUUGCAACCCCGAAGGAUAGUGCUUCUAGAGAGUAGAAAUGUAUACAUGAUGAAUCACUGAGGUAAGAUGAAUAUUUUUAUUACUAGUUACUGAGGAAGCGUAUGUCUGUAAUAUUACAGGACUGAUUGUAAUAAUCCCUCUCCUAUCAAAAUCUCCAUAGGCCAAAGUACUGUUGGAAUACUGAUUUGUGACCUUACUGAUUUAAAAGGUUGCCACUUUCCAUUCAGAAUUACCACUGGUGUUUUGUUACUGCAGUAGUUGGAAAUAAAAUGUGAAAAUUUCCAAAAACAUGAAUGGUUUUCCUGGUUCUAAAUUUAGGAUGUAAUAUUUUCUACAGUAUGUUCAAAGCGAUUUCUCCAUUGGAAACUCCAUCACCUGUUUUUCUCUUUAAAGGUGUUAGACCCUUCCUUGGCAGGCAGAAGUGCCACUGAGGAGUUGUUUCUCUUUGCAAGUAGAGGGUUUAAUUUUUGAGUUAGGUUUUGCCGGGAAGGUGAGACUGUCAGGUGAGACAGCUGCUGGUCACCUAAGUGUGGUAGAAGGCAGUGAGCCCUGCCCGUAGCAUCAAGCAAAAGGAGUUGUUCAAGAAAACGUGUGAACGAACCAGUGUGUAAUGUACACAUGUCCUGGUUUUCUUAAAAGAUAAUUUUCAAGAAAGUAUUUCUAUUCUAGUAGCCAUUUUGUCUUACAGAGGCUUUCUGUGUUUAGAGAGGAUGAUUUCACAACCUAGUAACUCACCAUAGUACUUAAAAAAACAGCAUCACCUUGACCUUAGAAAAUGCCACUAGUCUGUUUUCCUUUGCCCUCUGGGUGAUCUAUAUGUACUUCCCAACCAAGUAAGUACAUUAUCCUCUAAUAAGUACUUUAGGUAAAAAAAAAAACCCUCCAUAUUGCAAUAGUGAAAGAACUGAGCCUUCGGUUUAUGGUUCCCCCAUCUCUUCAGCAAAUCUCUAAACUCCAUAUCCUGUCUUCUGAUCAAGAUUUGAUAACUGACCCUGGUUUGCAUUAAUCUAAUGGAAACUCUUAGUGUAGUUUCAGUUUUGUUUUCAUCAAGAAACUUUUGCCAACAGAAUAAUCGAGCAUACAGAUGAAAACUGUGUACACAAAGUGAAACAUUAUUUAUGAAAUUUAUUUAAAUUGUGUAAUAUUUUUCUCUAAAUCGGCAAAGUACCUAUUAGAAGAUAACUCUUCCAUGAGGAGACCACACUUGAAAGUCUAGCAGUUAUAAAACUUGAUUGAGGUCCCAUGGUGUUUGUCAUGCGUGUAUCCCAAUCUCAAAAGUCAGAUGUUCAUGUCCUUUCUACAAAGUUUUUAAGUUUUCAUGAAUAACUUUUUAAAAUUAAGGAGCACUUUGUGUGGGGUAAUACCCUUACAUUGCUCCCAGCUUGCACUAAGGGGUGGAGAAGGACAAGCCUGGCUUGUUGUUUUACUCCGCUGCAUGGCGGGAAGCUCAGACCUUGUGUGGAAGCAGUGUGGGUUGCGGGAUGCCAAAGGACUGACUGAUGGGGAAAAGAUGUGGGAGGAUGUUGAGGAAUGUAAUGAAACUCUCUGAGUGUAUUGCUGACCAUGAUGUCUAUCUAGUUCUUUGCUUCAACAAAUCAAAACCAGAUGCUGAAGUGUUCUUUCGCAACAGUUAUUUCAAAUGUAACUCCGCAGUCUAUGUAUUUGAGGGGUCGUUCAUCAUAUGUCAUAUAUUCACUGCGUUUCUAUGUUUCCAGGACAAUGAUUGGAUACCGGGGCUAUAGAAAUCAAAGAAUUCAUGUUCUUAAGGACUCACUGGUAUCAGGACAGGCAGAUGUGUGGCAAUCCAUUCUAAACCGUUUGCAUUAGCUAAUGGUCGUUGUUUGGGAUGCCCUCCCCCCCUCCCCGCCCCCCACCGCUUUUAAAGUCUUUUCCACCGUAGGCAGAGGAAUUACUUUUAGGUACUAGCUGUUUUUUGUUUUUUGCUUUUCUUAAACAGGCAAAUCGUCAUCCUUUAAGUAUUUCUUGAAAGCAUUUUUGUCCCCAAAUAUUCUUACUUAACUCUAUGAAACCCCCAUUUAAGUUUGCCUUAAGAUGAAACGGCUAACACUGAACCAUAAAGUACCAUUUCAUUGGCUGUGUGGUGAUUGGUCCUAAUGUGUCUUAAGUUAGUGUCAAACAUCUUCACACAUUUAAACUAGAUAUUAGGGCUAUUUUGCAAAACUGUAAAAGCUAUGAUCUUGCACAUUUUUCUGUAACUUGAGCUAAAAAUCCAAAUACAGCAAUCCUUGGCAUGCUUUAGGGCUGUGGUUUCAGGUGGGUGUGUUAUAUAUCCCUGGGGUAUGCAGAUAAUCAGUCCGUGGGGAAAAGGUAAAAUGGUUAUUUGUAUUUACUCUCACCCUUUUAAAUUUCUAUUUUUGUGUGUUUUAUAAUGUACAUAAUAUAUUGUACAAUUGUACACUUAUAUAAUUUGUAAAUAAAUAAUACAUUUAUUGGUGCAUUAUA